AUAUACCGAGAAGGAUUCUAGACCACAAACUCCUGCACCAACACUUACCAGUGCUGCAACAAGAGCAUCAAAUUCUAGGAGAUGUGUCACUCCCGAUCCUUCAGCAAAGCAAAAAUCAGAGAAAACUUUGUUAGUAUUGGAUUUGAGAAGAAGUCACAGUCAAGAAACUAUUCCAUUUUACGGGAAUAGUUCAAUGUUUCAAGAACCUCCACCAAUCUGUAUUCAGCAAGCUCCUACGGUUCCAGACCCUUCAGAAGAUACCAAACAGGAAGAAGUUGAAGAACCAGCAAUUCAAUUGUCGAAUACAAAAUGUCCUGCUACCAACAGAAGUUCAGAUACUGUAAAUCAGGAAAAAUUUCAGAAAACUGAUAAAAAAGAAUGUGUUAAUGGAGAUAGUGAUGAAGAAUUUGUAAGAAGGCGCGGUAAGAGAAGAAAAAAGAAAGGUGUUGAAUCAUCCAGAGUACCAAUGUUCCAAGCAUCUUUGGACCCAGAGACGCAAGUAGCUGCCAUUGGCCCGGAAUCUCACAAUCCAAGUGCACGACAUUCACUGGCACAAGAAAAAGGUCAUGUCCAAGAAAACAACGAUAUUAUUGACAAAACAAAUCUUAACAUUGGAGAUUCUUCAGACGUGGACAUUAAUUCUUAUUUAGAUGUUCAUAUGUUGAAACAACUGAGGAGGGAACUGAAUGAGAAUGUUAUGGAUACGGAGCUUAAUUACAAAAGAAGAAAAGCUCUAGAGGAGGCUUUGAAGCUGAGCAAGAAGGAAAAACCUGUAUGUGAUGAACUCAUUAAUCUGCAAAAACAGUUGAAAGUGCCAGCACUCAACUCAAAACUUUGGUUAUCAUUGCCUAGAUCUUUCAGUAGAUCAAGUGUGAUAUUUGGACUGCCGAUGGAUAGCCGAAUGCUAAGCACUUUAACACCUUUAGAGUAUCUAAAAGAUAACGUUCACAUAACAUCAUCGAGGAAGCUUUUAUAUAACUGCAUUUUCAAUCAGUAUAAAAUUGACAAAGAUGAUGACAUCGAUUACGAAAGGCGAGUUUCAGGAAAAUCAUUAGAAUCCUGUUUGAAUUUGGUAAUGGGCAAAACUCUCACUAAUCAACAGGUGAAUCACUUCAGAUGGCUUGUUAAUUGGAAAGAAACUGAUACGUUUGAAUUCAAAACUUCAUGUGGAAUUUAUGCGCUUUGCGAAAGAGUUUUAGCCCCUCAAAUUUGCCCCCAUUUACCAGACAGAAAAGCCGAUCCCUGUCACGAGAUCGAAAAAGCAGACUUUCAACUGUUGGAUAAAAAGUUAGAAGGUCGUCAAGUGAACGAAAACUUGAAAAUUAUAUUACUGAAUAUUAAGGAAUUAUAAGAGAAUAUGAAGGGUAACAAGAAUUUUUCACAUAAAAUAUCACUUGAUGUAUGUAGUACCAUCAUAUAUGUGUUAGGAAACAUUGUCGU